AUGAUUCCAAUAAAGACAGUUCUUGCAGGUCCUAGUGGAGUUGGAAAGACGUCGCUUUCUAUUCGAAUGCAAAGUGGAAGCAUUCAUCCUAAUAUUACGACAACGCUUGGCGCACAGUAUUUAACGAUUAAAACUAAAUUUCAAGGCAAAGACUUCCAAAUAUGUCUCUGGGAUACUGCAGGUCAAGAAAAAUAUCACAGUAUUGUUGGAAACUAUUUUCGUGAUGCUCAAGUUAUCUUGUUAACAUUUGAUAUCUCUGAUAAAGAUACGUUUUCAGCAUUAACUGAAUGGAUGAAGCUUAUAGAGCGCAAUACUCCCAAAGAAAUACCAGUUAUACUAUGCUGUAAUAAAAGUGAUUUAGACUCAGAAAUAGACGACCAGGACAUCGAAAAGUUUUGUACAGAUUACAAUAUAAAUCUAUAUUUAUAUACAUCAGCUCUUGAAGGUCAAAAUAUUGACGAACUUAUUCAGUCCAUAGCUGCUUCUUAUUCGGAAGACUCUACUCAAGUAUCAGAUUCUUCUGUUAAGGUCAAUAAUAAUGAUAAGAAAUCCAAUUGUUCUUGUUGA